CUUAGAAGCCCCGUCACUAGAGUUACGAUAAACUUGAAUACAUGUCUAUUAGUGUUGUGGUGUAUGAUCCACGAUUGAACCUCUCCCAAUAACUCGAGUUAUUGGGAUCAACUGGUUCUUGACAUGGUAUCAGAGCCUUCUGUGACCGAGAGGUCUUGUAUUCGAUUCCCGUUGACUCCUAUUUAUUAAGCACAUGGUAUUCUUGUCUUCAAACCUGUGCAAACUUCAAGCCUUUGUGAGUGGCUUUCGUUUGAGGGGGCGUGUUAGUGUUGUGGUAUAUGAUCCACGAUUGAAUCUCUCCCAAUAACUCGAGUUAUUGGGAUCAACUGGUUCUUAACAGCACAUACAGCCAAGACAAUUAGCCAGAGACUGCGGGAACUAGCGGAAAUCAAUUUCUUUCUUGCCGUCCUGGAUACAGAUAUUUAGUGACCAGAAACAGAAAGCAAAGAAACAGGGGAGAGGAAAAAAGAAAAAGAAGGAAAGAGUUAAUUAACGCUUUUGCCUAAUCCAUUUUAUGGCCGUAGUUAUUAGGUUGAAACCAUCGUUCAUUAUCUUCCCUCUGAUGAUCGUCAUCAUCAGUGCCGCCGCGGGCGACGGCGGCUACCACAUCAAAUGCUACGGCGGGAUUCGUGGUGGCGAGGCUAUGGGAUUUACGGCGGCGCAACUGAUCAAGCAGUCUCUGAUCGGAGAUUUGAUGGACAAAGUGCCACGACGUAACAAGGAAGGUCGGCAGAAUUUCUGCAGCGUGCUGACGUGGAACGGAUUGCGGAUGUACGGGUACGCCAACUGCGCGGUGGUUGGCGGAAACGACGCCGCAUGCCGCGGAUGCUUGUCGAUCGCCGGCAAUAUAUUGAUGGGCGGUUGCCAGGGGACCGGGUCGGGUCAAGUGAUCGGCGAGCGUGAUCUUUGCUAUGUCAGGGUCGGGCUCGGCGGGUGUUGUCACAUGUGGCAGAUGACAUGGUGCCAACAAGGUGACAACAUGGCGGCUGCACAUGUGGCAUGCAUGGAAGACUAGUAGCAUAGAGAUGCUCCUAGGAUUCUCCACCUUAAUGUAGAGCUUAAUGGUGCACUUAUGAGUCACAUAAUGGUGACAUUGAUAGAGUGCAUAAUAGGGGGGACUUAAUGGGUGUAUUGAUGUAGUAGAGGGACAUUAUGAGGGGGCAUUGAUGCCUUGUAUGUGGAGAGGCCUAUAUAAGGAGCCAUCUCCCUCACUUGUAACUCAUCCAUCAUUUUUGUGAGCAAUACAACUAUAGAGUUUCU